CACACAACCAACCACUAACCAACUUUCAACUUUCCUUCUUCUCCAUUCUUCGCAUCCUUUCCCUUGCUUGCUUUGUCCUUGCUCUUCUACACGGCACUUAGAUUUCACCUACCAACACACACUUGCGGUGAAUCCGAUUUAUGUCAGAGAGAGAUUUCAGGAGAGGAGUUCCGGUGAACCGGAGAGUUAAAACCAGACCACCGCAUCCCUCACUGUCACCUUCUCCGUCCCCGUCCCCGGCACCGGCGACUCGCCGGAGGAGAAGUAGUCUUGAAGUUCACCGUCCUCGAUCUUCCAAGCUUUCGAGGCGGCUUGAGAAUUUUAAGAGAUGCAAUUCGGAGCCGGCUCUAUUCAGAGCUGGAGGAGGAGGAGGAGAACAUUUUGGUCAACGGAGUUUGGCUUCGCCGGAGGCUGAGGGAGUAUUUUACCGACCUCAGACUUGUGCUGACAUCUUCUCGGCAUCUUCGGACAAUAUAUUGUUGCCUCAGUCUCCGCGAAUAUCUUUGGAGGGAAUGGGAUACAGCAAGGAUGCCAAGGUGGUGGUUAAUGUGACAGUUGAGGGAAGCCCUGGACCAAUUCGAGCUAUGGUCAAAUUGGGUUCAAGCGUGGAGGAGACAAUUAAGCUUGUUAUCGACAAAUAUGGUGAAGAAGGUCGCACUCCUCGUCUUGAUAAAGAUGCGACUACAACCUUUGAGUUGCACCACUCCUACUUCAGCCUUCAGAGCUUGAAUAAACUUGAUGCAAUUGGGGAUUCUGGUAGAAGAAGCUUCUACCUUAGAAAGAAUAGCAGCGGUCGAAGUAGUAAUGCCUCAUUAACUCCAUAUGGUCUGUCCCGUAAUGCGGGCUCUCACCUGCCCGGUUCUUCCUCAAUCUGCCUUCAGAGUUUUAUUUGUAGGAAGAUUAACAAAUUCAUGAGAAGAAUGAAUAAGCUUUGGAAGCUCUUGGGCUGCAUGAACGGUAACAGAUAACUACAUACAGUUCCCCUUGUCAGAGCAACGUUGUUUUAGAUAUGUUGCUCUCUGAACCGGGGAAGGCGUGCCUUUUCAUUUUCUGUAUUUUCUCAUUUCUGCUUGGGGUGUGGCUUUAUCUACAAGAUAGAGCUGGAAGAUCAAAGUUGCGUUGUGUUGAAGAAUAGCUAAUAAUGGUUCACUCAAGUGGACUACAGGGGCUGAUUUUUCAGAGCUGCUGUAACUUUUGCGGUGAGGUUGUUGGUAAACGAGCCGCCCAAAGAUGUGAAUAAUAACAUGGUGUGAUAUUAGUAACUGCAACCAUAGCAAUAGCUGCUGUACAUAGUGUACAAUGUCAAAGGAUGAGAUCCAAGGAACAGAGGAAGUGCUGCAAGUGGAAGUGAGCGUAAGCUUAGCACAAUCGAGUUCAUUUUUCUUGUUAAAAUGUGAAUUCAAAACAGUAACUCCGAUCUGUUUAUGUUUAUUAAAUUGCUUACUUCGAUA